AUUCUCUCCAUUGUAUUCGUCUGGGUUCUUACUUGUUCUUCCUGUCCUGCGCUGCUAUAAGAAGUUGUUUGGACUCCCUACGUUUUGAUUCCUCGCUUGCAAUAAUCAAAAGCAGAAAGAAAAGAAAGAAGAGAGAUCUGAUCUGAUCUGAUCUGAAAAUGGGGGAGAAAUGGGUUUUGAUGAAAACGGCUCAAACGCCCACCAACAUAGCGGUUAUAAAGUACUGGGGGAAGAGGGACGAGUCCCUUAUUUUGCCCGUCAAUGACAGCAUCAGCGUCACUCUUGAUCCUGCCCAUCUCUGCACCACCACCACCGUCGCCGUCAGCCCUGCCUUCCAACAAGAUCGCAUGUGGCUAAAUGGCAAGGUAAAUUUUCCUAAUUUCGCACUUGCCAAGCUGAUGAAUGUCAAAGAAGAUGAGAGUCAACUUUCUGCUAUAGCAAGGCAAGGUUCAGGCAGUGCUUGUCGGAGUUUGUUUGGUGGAUUUGUUAAGUGGAUUAUGGGAAAAGAGGAGGAUGGAAGUGACAGUGUCGCAGUUCAACUAGUAGAUGAGGAACACUGGGAUGAUCUUUUCAUUGUUAUUGCCGUGGAAGUUGUGCCGAAACGCAUAUUAAAGAUGGAAGAAGCCAUAAAGAAUCGUAGUUUUGAAUCUUUUGCACAAUUGACUUGUGCUGAUAGUAACCAGUUCCAUGCAGUCUGCUUGGAUACGUGUCCCCCCAUAUUCUACAUGAAUGAUACAUCCCACAGGAUAAUUAGCUAUGUUGAGAAGUGGAACCGUUCUGAAGGAUCCCCUCAGGUGGCAUAUACAUUUGAUGCUGGGCCAAAUGCAGUUUUAAUUGCACGAAAUAGAAAGGCUGCUGCUCAAUUGCUUCAGCGGCUGCUAUACAACUUUCCUCCAAAGUCUGAUAUUGAUCUGGACAGCUAUGUUAUUGGUGAUAAGUCGAUACUACAAGAUGCUGGACUUGAGGGGUUGAAGGAUGUGGAAGCUUUAUCGCCACCUCCUGAAAUUAAGGAAAAUGCUGCAGCCCAGAAAUACCCUGGGGAAGUCUCUUAUUUCAUCUGUACAAGACCUGGGAGAGGCCCUGUUCUGCUGACAAAUGAGAACCUCGCUCUUCUCAACCCAGAAACCGGACUUCCCAAGUAAUUUUAUGUGCCUUAAUUCUCUUCACUUGACACCGUUUCUUCUAAAGAGAGUUGAAUGUCUGAGAACUGUAAAAUGUCAAUUAGGUUGUCCCUGCAGCUUGUUUUCCUUUUAUCAUGUAUUUGUUUUUCUUUUUUACGGUUUUUGCCAUCAACUCCGACUAGGGAUUGCCCCCAUCUUCAUUGAAACAUUAACGAAUAAUUGGUUCACAGUGUUCAUCUGAACCUCAAGUAUUUCUUGUAAUUUCUAGUUGUAGUGCAAAAAUCCAAUUUUCUGCAUUUUAUCA